UUUGACGGUCGCUAGUCGUUUUUAUCAGGCACAAUUGCAAAGUAGAAGCACCAUCAGCGCUAGUUGCUUUUCUCGCUGGCAAAUUAAUUAGUGUACGGUGUGUAAAAAGCAACAUAAUCCCUAGCUAAGAAGCAUAUUUUACUUGCCGUGUGUGUGUGUGUUUGUGAAGAAAUUGCUCUCUUCAAUUGCACGACCACCGUACUGUGUGGUAUCAUCUAGAUCCGUGCCGUGCAUCGUAUACGGGAAGGGCGGGUUCACCGAGCUCGCUGCAACUUGUGUGUGAGAGCGAGUGUGUUUUUGUUUUUCCAUCGCGUUAUCAUCUGGCCCGUCCGGUUCCGCAUCAUUCCGGCGUGGUGAACAGGGGUGAACAGGGGGUCUAAAAAAGGCAAUCGAGACCGCCACGGUAGCACACUUCCGGUGUUCUGGUCCAAAUCGCAAACAUCAUUAGCGGUGAGCGAUAGAGAGAAGAGGGGAAGCAAAAAGUAACUUGAGGAGAAAGAAAAACAAGACAAGAGCCCCCUGUCCGCGAACGUCAUUCCGUCACUGGGCCACCAAACAUCAUCAUCAUCGUCCAACGCCACCACCACCACUACUGUAAGUGCGCGCCCCAUCAUAAUUGGUGGCGUACAAAGAGAGGCUUGUUUUGUCCCCCCCGCCCGCGGUGUUUGUCACAUCCCUCGUCGGCAGGCGCAUAAACUGUUUGCGUAGCAGCUCCCACCCAAUAGUAGCGCAGGCAGGCAGGCGUCGGGCGGGUUUUUGCGAAUUUUUCCCUUUUUGCGCACGGUUGUCCGGAUGGCGGCCGAAAUCAAGCCCGCACCGCGGAGCGCGAAUGACCGCUUCAGCACCACCAAAAAGCCGGAACUGCUCAGCAAGCUCGAGGGAAGCAACGAUGACGUGAACGCGGCCGUACUGAUUCCGGGCGAGGACGGCGUUAUCAGUGUUUGUGAUGGCAAAACGAUACGGGUGUGGCAGAAGCGCGACUCGGGCCAGUACUGGCCCUCGAUCUGUCAGUACAUGCCGUCGGGCUGCACGUCCCUGUGCUACACGCCGGAAACGCGAACGCUCUUCAUCGGGCAGGAGAAUGGCACGAUAUCGCAGUUCACGCUGUCGGACGACUGCAACCGGCUGACGCCGAUCCGGGAGUAUCUGGCGCACCAGGCCCGCAUCACCAGCGUCACGUUCGCCAAACACACCGGCUGGAUCCUGUCGGUCGGGAAGGACAAGUUCUUCGCCUACCACAGCACCGAAACGGGCGAGCGGAUCGGUUGCUACACGUUCGAAGCGAUGUGUACUGCGAUGCAAUACGACGCCUUAUCAAAGUAUGUGUUUGUGGGAGAUUACAGCGGGCAAAUAACGAUGCUGAAGCUGAGCGGCACCGGUGCCACGCUGGUCACCACGAUGAAGGGCCACUCCGGCUCGGUACGCUCGCUGUACUGGGCCGAGGGGCCCCAGCUGCUGUUCAGUGGCUCCCAGGACCAAUCCGUGAUCGUGUGGGACGUCGGUGGCAAGCGGGGAACCACCUACGAGCUGCAUGGACAUAACAACAAAGUAUCGUCCCUGUCGUACGCAACGAACACGCAGCAGCUAAUCUCGGCCGGCGAGGAUUCGGUGAUUGUGUUCUGGGAAAUGAACGCGAUGCGCAAGGUGACGCCCGACUGGGUCGAAUCCGACACGUGCCAGCUGUGUACGCGGGCGUUCUUCUGGAAUCUGCGCGCCAUGAUCGACCAGAAGCAGAUCGGCAUACGGCAGCACCACUGUCGCUACUGUGGCAAGGCGGUGUGCGACAAGUGCUCGACGAAUCGCAUCAACAUCCCGAUCAUGGGGUUCGAGUUCGAUGUGCGCGUGUGCGACCAGUGCCACCAGCGGCUGAAGAGCGAAGAACGACCCUCGCUGGCCACGUUCCACGAUGCGAAGCACAGUAUCGUCGGGAUGGAUUUGGACGAGCCGCGGAAAAGGUUGCUGACCGUCGGGCAGGACCGCAUCAUCAAGAUUUGGGACCUCUCCUCGAUCUGGGGUUAGUAGUGGCGAUUAACGGGCGAAAACACGCGCGGCUCCGGUAACGUCUAACGAAGGACCUCGCCGCGGAAAAUUCAAAACAACGGCAAAAAGACGCCACUAGCAGCGCAGUGGGUUCGUUAGUGGCGGCACCGAAAUGAUGCAUUUUACGGCGGCGAUACAGCAGCGUACGUAAUAUGAGCGUCAUUUAUUUAUUACUAUUUUCCUCCAAACUUCCUUCCCCUCUCUCCUCCCAGAACUGUUAUGUAGUCCAAUGUUAGUCUAUCUUUUUCCCCUCCGUGCAAGGGCAUUGGCCUAAUCGGUGGUUCCUAUUGCCUUUAUUCAUUUGGAGGGGUAAGAGGAAGGAGGUAAUUUUUCGUUCUGAGUUUAAAUGUUACAGUGGCAAUAUCUCUAUUUCUUUAUCAUACUUCGUUAAACCCGUUUUGUUGCUUUAUGUUGAAGAAAGUAGGUUAAGCUAAGGCAGCGAGACAGAAAUAGAAAGAGAGAGAGAGAGAGUAAGAAAAGGUACGUUUGCAAAUGGUUUCCUUUGUUACGAUCGGUGGUUACAAGAUUGAGAUUGAGACAAUGAAGGUUUAAAAUAGAUCGCGAGGCAAUCGAAUAAGCAACUUGACGUUGACCAGGGCCUUUUUUCCUUCCAUUCAUUCCCUUUUUUCGGUAAAUUAUACAAAAAAAAACAACAUAAAGAAAAAAAUAAAACCCCCCGGGGAAAUGGGGGCAGUCCUGUUUAAUAAGAAAGCGUGAACCGUGUAAACGCCAAGCCAUUAGGGACGCGAGAGGUGGUACGGGAGGCGUUACGCGUCUUUGCGACGGACCAAAAACCAACGAAUCAAAACCGCAGCUAGGGUGUUAACUGGUGGGGGGCUGGAUUUCCUUCACCACCGAAGGAUUUGCGAGCGCCGAUAGGUUAGGGGAAUGUACGUGCGUGCGCAAGUAAUGUAAGAAAACCAAGCUCUAGUAAAA